GCACUUUGUUCCCAAAUCCAAACUUUUCAAUCUGUAUUCCUAGACGCCAAAAUUACUCGGAGAAACAACUCCGGGAAAUCCCUUCUUCUUGAGGCAGCUGCCCCGAACCCGAUUUCAUUCUUCCGAACCAGACACAGAAAAAGUUAGGGUUUUGUUUCGCCUGAAAUCGACAUUGAAUUCGAAGUGCUGGGAAAGAGGCAGCUCAUAUGGCGUGCGUAUACAUUCCAGUGCAGAACUCGGAGGAGGAGGUCCGAGUUGCCCUGGACCAGCUUCCAAGAGACGCUUCUGAUAUACUUGACAUUCUUAAAGCCGAGCAAGCUCCUCUUGAUCUCUGGCUAAUUAUCGCUAGAGAGUACUUCAAACAAGGAAAAGUUGAACAGUUUCGGCAAAUAUUGGAGGAGGGAUCUAGCCCAGAAAUUGAUGAAUAUUACGCUGAUGUGAGGUAUGAUCGAAUUGCAAUUUUAAAUGCAUUGGGGGCAUAUUAUAGCUAUCUCGGGAAGAUCGAGACAAAACAUAGAGAAAAGGAGGAUCAUUUUAUAAUGGCAACUCAGUACUAUAAUAAAGCAUCACGGAUUGACAUCCACGAGCCUUCUACCUGGGUUGGGAAAGGUCAGCUUUUACUGGCUAAAGGAGAUAUAGAACAGGCAUUUGCUGCCUUCAAGAUUGUAUUGGAUGGAGAUCGAGACAAUGUUCCUGCCCUCCUUGGUCAGGCAUGUGUUCAAUUUAGUCGGGGAAAGUUUUCAGAUUCAUUGGAAUUAUACAAGAGGGCUCUGCAGGUGUAUCCUCAAUGUCCGGCUGCUGUUAGACUUGGAAUUGGUCUUUGCCGAUAUAAGUUGGGUCAAUUUCUAAAGGCAAAGCAAGCAUUUCAGCGUGUCUUGGAGUUAGAUCCAGAAAAUGUGGAGGCUCUUGUUGCACUUGCUAUUCUAGAUUUGCAAACGGAUGAAGCUGGUGACAUUAGAAGUGGAAUGGAAAAGAUGCAAAGAGCUUUUGAGAUAUAUCCUUAUUGUGCGAUGUCACUGAAUUACUUGGCCAAUCAUUUUUUCUUCACCGGCCAACAUUUUCUUGUCGAGCAACUCACUGAAACUGCACUUGCUGUUACUAAUCAUGGGCCAACUAAGUCACAUUCUUACUACAAUUUGGCACGCUCGUAUCAUAGCAAGGGAGACUACGAAAAAGCUGGAAUGUACUAUAUGGCAUCAGUAAAAGAAAUCAACAAGCCACAAGAAUUUGUAUUGCCCUAUUAUGGGCUUGCCCAAGUUCAACUGAAAUUGGGAGAUCUUAGGAGUUCACUUUCAAAUUUUGAAAAGGUAUUGGAGGGUUAUCCAGAGAACUGUGAGACACUUAAAUCUCUUUCCCACAUUUAUGUGCAACUUGGGCAACCAGAGAAAGGUUUGGAGUAUUUAAGGAAAGCCACCAAAGUUGAUCCUCGUGAUCCUCAGUGGCACAAAGGCUUGUUUCUCUCAUACAGCUAUCUGAGUGUUGGACUUGUUCCCUUCAGCAAUUUACUUCAUAAGGCGUGCUUGUUUUCAAACAUUGCAUUUUUGGAUCUUGGUGAACUGUUAAUUUCAACAGAUGCAGGUGCUGCUUUAGAUGCCUUUAAAACAGCACGUAAUCUAUUGAAAAAGGCAAAUGAGAAAGUACCUAUUGAGCUACUCAAUGACAUUGGCGUCCUUCAGUUUGAAAGAGGAGAACUUGAGCUUGCAGGACAAAGUUUUAGGGAUGCUCUAGGUGAUGGCAUAUGGUGCAAGUUCCUUGGUGCCAAACUGCAGUCUGAUGCUAAUGUGAACGUUCCUAACUGUGAAGGUCUUCAACAUUCCAAUGGUGAAGUAUCAUGCGAUCUUUUCAAAAGUGUGCAAUAUCCAAUGGAUGCCAGUGCAUCCAUCCAUCAAUACAAAGACAUCCAAAUGUUUUGCAAACUUGAGGAACAGGGCAUUGCUGUAGAACUUCCCUGGAAUAAAGUUUCUGUACUUUUUAACCAUGCAAGAUUACUAGAACAGCUAUAUGACACAGAAACAGCUAGUAUCUUUUACCGCUUGAUCUUGUUUAAGUAUCCAGAUUAUGUAGAUGCCUAUUUGAGACUUGCUGCAAUAGCCAUAGCCCGAAACAAUGUUCAACUUAGCCUUGAGCUGAUUGGUCAUGCUCUCAAAGUGGAUGAUAAGUGCCCAAAUGCAUUGUUAAUGCUUGGGAACCUUGAAAUUAAGAAUGAUGAUUGGGUCAAGGCAAAAGAAACAUUUCGGGUGGCUAAGGAUGUGACCAAUGGACCUGAAUCUUAUGCUACUCUUUGUCUGGGAAACUGGAACUACUUUGCUGCAAUUCGCAACGAGAAAAGAGCUCCCAAAUUGGAAGCUACACAUCUGGAGAAGGCUAAGGAACUCUAUACAAAAGUUCUCUCUCAGCAGCACUCUAGUCUAUAUGCAGCAAAUGGCACUGGUGUUAUUUUGGCAGAAAAAGGUCAAUUUGAUAUUUCAAAGGAUCUUUUCACUCAGGUUCAAGAAGCAGCAAGUGGGAACAUUUUUGUCCAAAUGCCAGAUGUAUGGAUUAAUCUUGCACAUGUUCACUUCGCCCAAGGAAACUUUGCACUUGCAGUGAAAAUGUAUCAGAAUUGCUUGAGGAAAUUUUAUUACAAUACCGACAGUCAGGUGCUUCUCUAUUUAGCAAGAACACAUUAUGAAGCUGAGCAGUGGCAGGACUGCAAAAAGUCUCUGUUAAGAGCCAUUCACUUGUCACCUUCAAAUUAUACUUUAAGAUUUGAUGCGGGAGUAGCAUUGCAAAAGUUCUCAGCUUCAACCUUACAGAAGACAAAGAGGACUGUUGAAGAGGUGAGGUCAACUGUUGAAGAGCUUAAUAAUGCUGUUCGGUUAUUCAGCAUGUUAUCUACUGCUUCAAAUCUUCACCUUCAUGGGUUUGAUGAGAAAAAGAUUGAAACUCAUGUUGACUAUUGCAAGCUCUUGCUUGAGGCGGCAAAGGUCCAUUGUGAGGCAGCAGAGCUAGAAGAUCAACAGAUUCGAGCGAUGCGAGAACUUGCACGUCAGGUUGUCGUGACUGAGGAAAAUGAAAGAAAAGCCGAGGAACAGAAAAAAUACCAAAUGGAGAGACGGAAACAGGAGGACGAACUUAAGCAAGUGAUGCAACAAGAAGAACACCUAUUGCGCAAAAAGGAACAAUGGAAAAGUAGCACUCCUGGCUCUAAGAGAAAGGACAGGUCCCACGCUGGAGAUGAAGAGGGGGGCAAUGGUGACCGUAGGAGGAGAAAAGGCGGGAAGCGCAGAAAGAGGGACAAUAAAUCUCGCUAUGAUUCUGAGGAUGCAUUUAUGGAUGAUCAAGAGGAUAUGUAUGGAGAUGCCAAUAUGAAUUACAAAGAUCACGAAAACGUUGAAGCAGAAGAGAACAACCCACAGGAUCUGCUUGCAGCAGCUGGGCUUGAAGAUUCUGAUGCUGAGGAUUAUGAUGCAUCUCAACCUCCAUCAAAUGUGAAGAGGAAGGGACAUGAGUGGUCUGAAUCAGAGGAGGAAGAUGAACCGUUGCAGAAGCAGGAUAUUGACAGAGGUGAUGACGAUGGCAGCGAAAAGCUGAAUGAAGAUGUCGAUGCUAAUGACGAGUGAGGCACCAAAUAAAUGCCUAAAGGAUGUGAAACUUGUUUCCCCGAUUAUAGAGGCAAUCAAGGGGGAUUAAAAGACCAUUUGUUUGGAGAAUCCAACGAAAGAAAAAAAAGAGGCGUGGACGGAUUUGAGGUUGAAGAAGAAGAUGUUUGGGUUUGAACAUGGAAGGCAGGGCAUCAUGGGUAGGCGGGGAUGAAGGAAAAUAUACACUAGAGAUAUAGAGUAACUGAAAAGGACAAAUAUGGCAAUGCAGCAACUUUUUUUUAAUCUUACAUAAAAAAACCUGUGCAAAGUGUGAGAAGUUCCAAAUUAGACGGGAGUAUGAAAUAAAUUGGUAAAAUGUAC